GAGCGAGCACAGCUCGUGUCUGUAGCUCUGCGGACACGCGUGGGGCCCCUGCCCCGGCCUCCGGCUUGGAGCUGAAGAGCAUCACGGCUGGUGCUGCUGCCCUCACCCAGGUUUCUCUGGACUCCUGAAGUUCUGUCUGGAAAUUUGUGUUGAUUGAAUUUUCUAUAAAAAGAAUUUUGGUGCCAUUGUCCUAUCAAGAUGAUUGUAACACCUUUGAAAGGUGCAGGAAUUCAUUUGUCUUCUGAGACAUUGCAAUGCAGUCUGCUUCAAAAUGCAGUCCUUCUUGAAAGCCUCCCUUCAGACACACUUAUUCCUGUGAAAGAUUUGGUGAAAUAUCAGAAGUCCUCUUCAAAAUGGAACAGUCAUAAAAAGAAUCAGUUAUUAGAAAUAAUAACUUCUAACAAUAAAAAUAUAUUUCACUCCACCAUGCUAACAGAGGCUUGCCCUUCAAACAGCUCUCUUGAUAUCAGUGUUAGAAUGUGCAACAUGGAUAGAUUAAGAAAUGAAAUGACUUAUGAAUCACCUGGAAAAAUAUUUCAGAGAAUGAAAGAGAAAGUACGGCGUGACAAACAAGAUAAACCAUCAAGGAACAGUAGCAUGAUGGGAUCACCAAAAUGGGACCAUAAAGUCCUUCCUCCUGACAGACACAAGAAAACUCUGUUGCAAGAUACCUAUAUCUGUGAGGAAAAAGAAAAUUCAUUCCAAUCCAAUAACCCUUCAUUGGGAGAACCUCCAGUUCUGAACCAAGAAGAAAAAAGGGUUUCAAUUUCAUGCAUUUCAAGUAAGGAAUUAACUAGAGCCCAGUUUAACAGGCAAGAUCUUUAUUCAAAAGAGAAUCCUGUUAAAACUACUGUGUCCAAAAAGAACACAUUUGUUUUGGAAGGCAUUAAUUCUACUUAUGAAAAGAUCGAAAAUACUGAUGUUGACAGCAUUUGUGUUCCUAUUGAGAAUCAUAGCCAGUCUAUUACUGCUUAUAAUGAUGUGACAACAGAAAGGACUGUGAAUGAGGAUAUUACAGAACAAAAUGAAGAAACGAUGUCUAGGAGGACCUUUCUUCAAGAUCCCAUGAAGAAUACAUCUAAAAUGACACGUUCAAGUCCAAGACUUUAUUUAACACUAUCUGGCCAGUCUCAAAAACAACUUACAGAGCUUGAAACUAUUGCACGUGAAGUAAAAAAAUAUCAGGUAGUCCAGCUACAGGAAUGGAUGAUUAAAGUCAGCAGUAAUAACACUGCUAUAUGUAUACAAGGAAAGCUGGUAAAUAUGAAUGAUGUUUAUUGGCAUAGUAAUGUAAUUGUAGAGCGGAUUAAACACAAUAAACUUAGGACCUUAUCAGGCACCAUUUAUAUUUUAAAAGGAUUGAUAGACCGGGUGUCCAUGAAAGAAGCAGGAUUUCCCCAUUACCUCACAUGGAAAUUUAUGUUUGGAUUCCCCCAAAAUUGGAAGGAACACAUUGAUAAUUUUCUAGAACAAUUAAGGGCUGGAGAAAAGAACAAGACUGGACAGAAAACUGCAAGAUUCCAAGAUAAACAGAAAUCAAUAAAAAAUCAUGCAGAAGAUAUACAAACAGAUGUCCUCCAAAAGGCCAACAUCACUUACGACCUUACUGAUGAUAGCUUGGAGAGAACUGAAGUAUUAAAUGUACCCAUUGAUUCCUUGAACUCACUGGAACAGUCUACCUCCCACAAAGAAAGAAGAUAUCUGCCUGUCAGUCAGAAGAAAACUAUUGUUUUAGCAACACCACUUAGAACCACAAGGUCAAUAAAGCAAAGAUGUAUGGAGCACCAUCUCUAUAUUAAAGGAGUAAGAGAUUUUUCCAAAACGAAGCAUCAAGAAGAAAGUGAAUCAGAGAUACAUAGAACUCCAAGUCCUACCAGUAAGUCCUUAGAGACCUUUGAACAUAGAGUGGAUUGUGAAGACAAUACCAAGGAGGACUGCAAUGACUGUGACAUAAUGACUGUCAAACAUAUUCAGAUCCCUUGCAUGCAAAGUAAACAAAUGCUCGCCAAUGAUUUUAAGAAAAAGAACAAGUUGCCCUCGAAACUGCAGAAAACUGAAAAUCAAAUAGGUGUAUCACAGUAUAGCCAGUCCUCAAGUGAAGAGAACGGAGUAGAAAUUGAAAGUAAAACCAGAGCAAGAAAUACAAAGGAAAGGCUGAAUCAGGAGAGAAAAACCAUCAGAAAAGAUAUCCUCCUUAUUUCAGAAUCUAAAGGUGAGAGUGAUUCUUAUAUCACACCAAAGAGACCUAGAUCUGUUGCUAAAGGAUCACAUUACAAAGCUGGUGGUAGCAUGGACUUUCUAAUUGAAGCUAAGGAAUCUGCUACAGCUAAGAGGCAACAGUUAGACCAUCUACCUGGUGUAACUGAUGAUGGAAAAUGGAGUGAGCCAGAGUUACAGAAGCUUCUUCGUUCUUAUAGACAGUCGCUGAUUUGCCAAUACUUUUGUACAGUACUGGGAUACACUCUAAAAGGAGGAAAACGUUUGCUGACUGGAGCCCGAAAGAGGACUGUGACACAGAUUCCUGUUCCUACCACUCCAAAGCAGGUGAGAGAAUUCUUGGGGACCGCGGGGUUUUGCAGGCUCUGGAUCCCAGGGUUUGCUACCCUGGCGGCCCCCCUUUAUCCUCUUACCAAGGACACAGGAUCCUUUACCUGGACUCCAGAGCAUCUGAAAGCCUUUAAGGAGAUUAAAAAGGCUUUACUUAGUGCCCCUGCUCUGGCUCUGCCGGAUCUAACUAAGCCUUUUACUCUCUAUGUGGACGACAGAGCAGGGGUCACUCGAGGAGUCCUAACUCAGACCCUGGGGCCGUGCAAAUGGCCUAUAGUCUACCUAUCAAAGUAA